AUGAGCUGCCGUCCUGUUUCGCGCACCCGACUGCAUGUCCUAUACACCACCCCACUCCUACUAGGCGUGAUAUGUCUCAUCUUGAUUAUCUUUUCGCUCUGUGGACUUGUCCCUUGGAAGCAGUCGAGUGGAACAAUUAUGGUCAUCCAUCGCACGUCUUCCGACGCGCAGAAUAACCAUACCGCGUCGUUCCACUUUGGCUUACUAGGUUCGUGCUAUCAAGCAGCAGCCGGGGACCAGCUCCAUUGUACACCCGCCGCGUUUCCACCCGAUUACAACACGACAAUCUUGCGAGGUGGCAAGGAUAUCAAUGCAGAACAUCUGGAAAUCAUGAUGCCCGACCUGCCUCCAGUCUUCUUCACUUGGUGGCUCAUUUCAAUUGUAGCGUUACUCUGCCACAUAGUCGGCUGUCUGCCUGUCUACGCUCCUGAAAAACUCAGCCAGCACAGGUUUCGGAGUCAAAAGCUUUUCUCGGCGACACUAUGGAUCCUGGGGAUCGGUUGGACUCUUGGAUUUUCAGCCGUCUUAUCGUUGGCUUGCUUUGUCGAGGGUUUUGGAGACGAGUAUAACCUUUUCUCAGCCGGCUAUGUGUACAAUCAAGCGUCGGCGGGACACAUCUUCGUACCGCUGACAAUCGCGAUGGUAGUUCAAGUUAUAAUUGGCCUUGCCAUCGUAGUCCAAAUUUCCAACGCACCAAACAAAGAUGCAGGCGAAUUUCAUUCUUCUUGGACAGAUCAUCUACGGGUUACGGGUCCAUAA